AACAAAGUGUAGGUCGGAAAAACGGCGACGAAGAAUGUGUUAUAACUGUUAGGUCGCCAACGCAAAAAUCGAGUAUAAGUGAGCGUGGAUCGGGCUAAAAAAAAAAAUCGCUGAGGAUGAUAGUUCGUGCGUGUUGAGUCGUGUACCGGUGAACGAUUAUGUCGUGACAAAAUGGCGUCCGCGGGACGUACGUCACUCGCUUGCCUCUAAACGCGUCAACGGAUUACGACGAAGACGCAGUCACGAAAUGCUUCAUCGAUCUGCGAAAUCGUGACAACUUCGCAUCGUUAACGAAACUCUGAUUUUCUCUUCCAGGCGCCCGCGAUUAUUACGGUCCGUCCGCGUAAUAGUGCGCGUAGUGGUGGUUCCACUUGAGAUCGGCUGCGUUUGUCCAUUGUGGCAUUAGUCGCCAUUUUCUCACCGAAACUCAUCGUUCCGUCCUUCUUCGCAGUAUUUAACUGGUGAUUGUGUCCUAGACAUUUUCGCGUCGCAUCUUCGUUCACAUGUACGUUCAAUCGUAAGAUCGGUUGAACUCAAAACCGUUGGCGUUGCACGUAAUUUGACGAGUCGACCAAUUCUCACGUCAUGUCGGAAAUAAACGAGUCGGCAUAUGGACAACUGCCGUCUACUUCCGCAGCACCCGGACUAAUCGAAUGUGAUGAAAUUUCAAACACUGAGAACUUCGACUACUCAUUGGAAAGCCUCAGCAAGUUAUCCAGAGUAGAAAUGAUGGACCGGAUAAAGUUGGAGUCAUUGUCACUGCACAGAUGCGAAUCGAAAAUCGAAAAAGAGCUUAUUGUUAAAGAAGACGAAAUGGAAAUGAUCAAAAUUCUGUCAAAUCGCAUUAACGAUUUAUAUGAAAUAUUGUUUAAAACAUAUGAGAUUGAUGUAAAUGUAGUUUCUGAUUACAUUAAAUUUGGAUCAAGUAAUAAAGUAAUAACUUCUAAAUUCAGAAAUGAAUUAAAUGAAUUAAUGGAAUCGUUUCGUGUUGAUCCUGAAGUUUACAUAAGUGGAGCAAGUUAUAUAUUCAACGAUUGCAAUGAUAUAAUAUCUGCUAGACGAUAUUUAACUAAUGGAAUAAACUUUCAUAAAAGCUAUCAAAGAUUAUUUUUAAAAGAAAUUGAAAUUGAAUUAAAAUAUUUUAAUUCCACAGAAGGUGCUUCUUUUGAAGUGGUCUUGAAUAAAUACAAUAAUCUGAUUACGCGUUUUAAGAAUGACCUUAAUUUACAUUUGACUUUGGUGGAAAAUGUCUUUAGUUAUAGUGUGGUUGGAAAAUUACAUAGUAUUGUAAUCAGAGACAUGUUGAAUAAAUACAAGCUUAAAGAGAAAAUGUGGCAGAAAUUAGCUAAAUUGUAUUGGAAAGGUUUUAAUUAUCACUUUGAAUCAGAACACAUAGAUAUCUGCGAAGAUAAAUUAACAUGCAUUAAGAAGUGUAUUUCUAUUUAUGAGAAUACCUUGGAGAAAAAUUUAUUUCCCGACAACCAACAAAUUUUAUGGAAUUAUUUUUUGGAUAUGAUUAUUGAAAUAAGUGAUGACUCCAACAUGCAAGAUAAAACCAUCAAUGAUUUUAUGAUGAAGACAAUUAAUGAUACAUUCCAUCUAGCUUUUAAAAAUAAGACAAUGAUCCUAUCUAAAUAUUUUAUUUUUUGGGCUGAUCAUACUGAUGAAGACACUGAAUUGAAUAUACUGCAAACAUCUGUACAAUUGAUAAGACAAGACAAAGAACUUUGGUUAAAACUGUUAAGAUCUUUGCUCUAUCGUGAUUUAUAUUUAAAUGCUUGGGAAGUUUUUCAAGAGGCCAUUCAUAUAUUAAAAAAUGAUGGAAUCCAAUUAUGGCAAAUAAUGGAAUUAUAUUUAUUAAAUACUGAUGACGAAAAGAUGAUACAAUUUUAUGAACUUGCUGCAAUAGGGGUUCCUUACAAAGAUAUUUGUUUGAAAUUCCGAUCUAAAUAUUUGGAAUGGAGCACUAUAAGACUAGAUAUGAGUUCUACACGCAGAAUAUUCCAGAAAAUUAAAGAUUUAGAUCCACCAUGUAAAACAGUUUAUAAAGAUAUGAUAAAAGCUGAAUUAUACUGCGGAAGUGGACGAAAAAGAGUAUUAACUAUAAGAAAUUUAUACAGUGAAGCCUGCAAUAAAUUUGGUGUUCAUGAAAUUGAUAUAUGGGUUGAUUGUAUAAAAUUUGAAUAUAUUUAUGGUCUUCAUUCGUGUGCAGAAAUUAUUUAUCAAGUAGGACUAAAAAUGGUAGAUCCAAAUUUAAAGAAUAGCCUAGAACAAGCAAAAAAAGAAAUCGAUAAAGAAUAUAAGAAGAAGGAUAAUCAAGUAAUAGAAAUCUCUGAUGAUGAUGAUGAUGAUGAUGAUUAUUGAAUUAAUUAUAACCUAUAUAAAUAAUUAUAAUUUUAUA